CACAGCAUCAGCAGCUGAGGAUUCUAUCCUUCAGCACCAUAGCACCCCCCUUACUUUUUCAAUCAUUGAAAUAAUAUUCUCAACUCUAUAUGGACUAUGGCCAUUGAAAAUGAAUGCAUAACAUUGUUGUGAGACUCAUACUCAUACCAUGACUCUGCCAUGACUUCUUCUUCUGCAUGGAUUCACCUCUCUCUCUCUGACAUGAGUCACGUGACAUUGAAAGUUUGAAUUUUGAAACCCACCUUGUAAUUAACAACUUUACUAUAUUGGGCAUUGGAAAAUCCGAUUUUGGCUUUGUUGCUACUGUAUCGCGGUGUUGGAGUUGGAAGUUUGUAGUUUUUGCUCUAAUGGCGGAGAAAGUGGAGAAUCAUAGUCAUAGAACACUGUGGUGGUGCAAUCUAAUGCUGAAUUGGCGGGUUGGUUUGCUCACUGCUUUUGUUUUUGUUGGAAUGGUUGUGGUUUGGAGUUUUGAUGGCUGCACUGUUAGGAACAUCAUUGAAGCUUGGAGGUACCAUCAAGAUUCUCUCUCUCUAAGGUCUCAUUCCCAUGAAAACUCCACUUUUAUCCCCCAAUUUAGUUUCAAUCAAAAGAACCAAACCAAUGUUAGCAACUUUGAUUCCUAUGAUAAUCAUGUUAACAUUACACACUCUGUGUCAGUGGAACUAGUUUGUGCUAGGAACUUUAGCUGUGUAUCUGAAAAGCUUGAUAAAAAUGGAAGUUCUGAAACCCCAGUGGUGAACCAAGUUCAAUUAGGGCAUUAUUCAAGUUGGAUUUCAAGUGAAUUGGAGCCAAAUUUGACUUCAAAUCUUUUAGCUAGAUGGUUAGCCCCUGGAGGGGAACCUUGUAGAGAUUCUAAGACGGUGGGGAUUUCGGUUCCUGGUUUGGAUGGUGGGAAGAAUGUGAUAGAGCUAUCAGCUGGAGAUGUGCAUGAAUUCGUUUUUCGAGCAUUGGAUGAUUCUGGGAACCCUCGCUGUUUAGGUGGGGAUUACUUUGAGACUGAUCUUUCAGGGGAAUCAUGGAAAUCUAGGCCUUUGGUGAAGGAUUUCAACAAUGGUUCUUAUACAAUUUCACUUCAGGUUCAUCCAGAUUUCAAAGGGCUUUACAAUCUCACUAUAAUUCUGCUUUAUAGACACUUUGAAGGUCUGAAAUUCACUCCAUGGAGAUUUUUCUAUGACCGUGUGGUUCUCAAAGUUGCAAUUAGAUUCUACAACAGCAGUUCUCAGUUACCAGAACUAGAGACUUGCAAAGCUUCCGAUUUUGAUAGGGAUGUUUGGUGUGGAAGGUGGACAAGGCUUGGCAAGAAUGAUGAUUGCCAAAUCAGUAAUGAUGGUAGAUAUAGAUGCUUAGCACCGAAUUUUCCAUGCAAAGCUCCAUGGUGUGAUGGUUCAUUGGGGAUCCUAGAGAGCAAUGGUUGGGUUUACUCAGCACACUGUUCAUUCAAGAUGUAUUCAUCCAAGUCUGCUUGGAAUUGCAUACAGAAUCGGUGGAUUUUCUUCUGGGGUGAUUCAAAUCAUGUUGACACGAUAAGAAAUAUGCUCAAUUUCGUUCUGGAUUUGCCUGAAAUACAUGCUGUCCCUAGAAGAUUUGAUAUGAAUUUUUCGAACCCAAAAGAUCCAUCUCAAAAAGUUAGGAUUACAAGCAUUUUCAAUGGUCACUGGAAUGAAACACAGAACUAUCUUGGAUUGGAUUCUCUAAGGGAUGAAGGAUUUCGAAGAUUGGUGAGGAAGUACUUCUCAGAAGACACAAUCCCAGACACUGUGAUCCUCAACUCUGGCUUGCACGAUGGCGUCCACUGGCGUAACAUCAGAGCAUUUUCUGCUGGUGCAGACUAUGCAGCAUCAUUCUGGGCUGAUGUUGUAAACAAAGUGAGCCAUCGGGGGCUGGUGCCGCCGAGGCUCUUUUACCGGAGCACAGUGGCAACUGGCGGAUAUGCAAGAUCACUAGCAUUCAAUCCUAACAAGAUGGAGGUGUUCAACGGGGUAUUCCUAGAGAAAUUGAAAGAAGCAGGCAUUGUAACCGGCGUGAUUGAUAACUUUGAUAUGACAUAUCCAUGGCAUUUUGAUAAUCGUUGCAACGAUGGAGUUCACUAUGGAAGGGCUCCUUUGAAGAUGAAAUGGCGAGAUGGUCAAAUGGGUCAUCUGUAUUUUGUAGACCUCGUGUUAGUUCAUGUUCUGCUCAAUGCAAUAUGUGCAAGGUAGCCUUGACUCUUGGAUUUUGAUAUAGCAUUCUUUCUUGUUAAUACAUUUGUAACUUGUAACCAUGAUUGUUUGUAUUGUAUAUUCCUGAAAACAGUUUUUACUAUUGAUUGAUGAUGAUAAACAAAUAUAUCAAAGUUUAAAGAAUAUAUUUGCUAUGCUUCAUUAUUUCUUGCAAGCCAUCUCCAUGUGUAGAGUGUAGCGGAUGGUCACUUAGAUUGGAUAAUAAGAUAGCAUGCUGAUGUCAAACUAAGUUACAUAAGUAAGGGGAGGGAAUUCCAGCUUCGCUACUACUAUUAAAACUACUUUAUUUAUCUAUUAGAGAAAGUUUAGGACCA